UGCAAAGCCCGCUGCCCCGUCCGCCUGUACUCCUCCUGCCUGGGUCUCCCUCUCCCUCUCCCUUGGUCUCGGACCCUCUUCUGCUGCAGGGUUAGGGGAAGGCACAGUGGGUCUGAACUGUCCCCACGGGCAUAGAGAGCCCCCCCACCUGCCAUGGGGACUCUGAUGGACUCUACUCCUUCCACCUGGCGCCAGGUGCUGGGGCCAGAUUCCAGGCUGCUGGAGAGCCAGGCCCAGGCCCACACCCGCCCCUAGGAGCUUCCCCGUGGCCUGAAGCCUUGGCCUCAGUUUUGCCAGCUGUGAACUGGGACGGUCACCCGCUGAGGUAACUGGCAGGUGAGCUGACCCAGAUCUGCCGGCUUCACGGCCUCCUCUAUCCUGGGGCCCCUCCGGGAGCAGGGCAGCCCCAGGUGUACACAGGUCUCCAGGGUUACCUCCCGAGGAGUCUGAGCCCAGCUGGAGGCGGUGAAGGCCCUGAAGGGCUGCAGAUGGGCGAGAGCAGUUGUGCAAGUGGUUGGGGAGUUCGGAUCUUGGGAUCUGACAAACCUGCUUCCCACUCUGCCACUCACAGAUGACUUGGUGCUCCCAGGCUCAGCUUCCUGUCUGUAUAAUGGCAGGAACGUGACUCCUGGCGCUGAGUGCUGCCUCCAGGAUUAAAUGCAGGAAUGUGAGUCUCCAUGUCCUCAGGCACUUCCCUUCCCUUCUCUGGGCCUCAGUUUCCCCCUCCAAAAUGGAAUAGAGAGGCAUUUCUCCUGGCCCUCACAUCCUCCCACUUUCCCUCUCCCUAGCUGUCCAGGCACACAGCCUCCACAUUCACACCCAGGCAUCGUCUUGCCUCAGGGCCUAUGUACACGCUGUUUCCCCGGCCACCAUGCCGGGCCCACAAUGUCAAUUUUAAAACAUAACAAGUUGCCUAGAUGGGCUGGGCACCUGGGAGGAGUGGAGGAGGGCCGGCCCAGGGACUCGGUACCUAUGGAAACCAUAACAAAGAGCUGCAGCCCGGGCCACACAGACACCUGGGCUGUGCUUCUCGCACUUGGCAGGCUCCGUGCCCUGGGACAACGGCGGUCGGCGGUGGGGCUAAUGGACACCUUCAGCACCAAGAGCCUGGCCCUGCAGGCCCAGAAGAAGCUCCUGAGCAAGGUGGCGUCCAAGGCGACCGUGGCCGUGUUCAUCGACGACACGAGCAGCGAAGUGCUGGACGAGCUGUACCGCGCCACCAAGGAGUUCACGCGCAGCCGCAAGGAGGCCCAGAAGGUGCUCAAGAACCUCAUCAAGGUGGCGGUGAAGCUGGGCGUCCUGCUCCGCAGCGGCCAGCUGGGCGGGGAGGAGCUGGUGCUCCUGCAGCGCUUCCGCCAGAGGGCGCGCCGCCUGGCCAUGACGGCCGUCAGCUUCCACCAGGUGGACUUCACCUUCGACCGGCGUGUGCUGGCCACCGCCCUCCUCGAGUGCCGCGAUCUGCUGCACCAGGCCGUGGGCCCGCACCUGACCGCCAAGUCCCACGGCCGCAUCAACCACGUCUUCGGCCACUUUGCCAACUGCGACUUCCUGGCCAUGCUCUACGGGCCGGCCGAGCCCUACGUCUCCCACCUGCGCCGGAUCUGUGAGGGGCUCACCAGGAUGCUGGACGAGGACAGCAUCUGACCCCAUCCUGCUGGGCCUGGGGAUCUGUGGGUUUAUAGUUUAUGACCUCUGAUCCCCAGUCUGAUUCUAGCCAAACUCCCAGACAGAUGACCUGCCCCCUUUCAGAGGUUGCUAAACGGUUUAAAGCAGCAGUUGUAUGGACCUUUGUCACCUCUCCCACCUAGUCUCUCUGGAGAGAGGAAUUCAGCGUGGAAACUGGCACAGCCUGCGAGGCCAGUGGCCUCCCCACGCACCUCGAGACCGCUCUCUGCUCAGGCCCACCUGUCCUGAACCGUGAUAACCGAUGGCACCCCUCAACUCACUGGAUGCCAUCUGACAGCUGGUGCUGCCCACUUCAUGUUGUAACCUGGGCUUUCUAAUUCCUUCAGAAAGGAGUCACACUGAACUGGGAGAAAGUAAUGGGGUGAGCAGUGUCCCCCGCUUUGUGGAAGUUCUAACCCUCAGACUUCCGAGUGUGACCCACAUUUGGAAAACAGGGUCGCUGCUGACAUAAUGGGUUAAGAUCAGAUCACGAGCGCACAGUGGGCCCUAACCCAGUGUGACCGGGACACUUCUAAAAGGGAGAAAUUUGAACGAGAGGAGAAUGCCAUGUGAAGGUGGAGCAGACAUUGGAGGGAAGUGCUACAAAACAAGGAACACCCAGGGUGGCAGCAGCCCCAGCCCUGGGAGAGAGGCGUGGGACCGCCUGGCGGAAACCUGGACCUGAGACUUCUGGCCUCCAUGACUGAGAGGAAACAAGCCUCUCCUUUCAGCCGCCCAGCCCAGGAGUGAGCACAGGGAGCCAUGAAGGGGGCUGCAGGGUGCCGGUGGAUGGGUGAGGACACCUCAAUUUGCUUGGGAUCCCAGCUCUGACUCCCACGGGGGAGGGGACAGUGCAUUCUCCAUACCGGGCACAAGGAAAAAGACAUCUGAGAUGCAGGCACAUUUUCCAAUGAUCAUUUCAUGUUUGAAAAGCAAACACACUAACAAAUGUUUUUCAGACCUCAGAAAGCAAAGCUCACAAAUCUUGGCUUUGGGGACACCCAAAAGAUGCAGUGAUUCUCAGCUCGGGGCACGGACAGAUAUGUGGGGUGUGGGAGUGCAUUUGCACAUUUUGUCAGCAGGGGGCAUAGAUUGCAAAACGGCUACAGGUCAGGAAGGCUAUUCUGGGUGCCCGAGGGAGAUGGGGAAUGGCCUCCUGUGACUGUUUCACAGAACUGGGCCUAGUUCCUUCAGGGCAAAGGUUGCAGACGGGAAGCCUGCAGGCCUCAUUGGUGAGAAGAUGGGUUUGCUUGCCCCCAGCCUGCGUUUGAGCCAUCUGGAAUCUGUUGACAACAUUUAAAACUGGGGAACUGCACGUGCCAAUCCAGAUUUGGAGUUUCCCUCUAAACCCCGGCUAAGCCUGCAUUGCCUGCUGGUGAAGCUGCAUAGAGGUUGCCUCUCUCUGCUUUGCCACAGUCUCCACCUCUCCCUAUUGCCUCUCCCUGGCCUGCUGUGCUGGCUGAUAAGAUUAUGCCCCCAGAUUCAGGUCAGCCUUUCUGUGGUUUGGUCUCUGCUUCCUUGAAGAAGCCAAAGCCUUUCAUCGGAGAGCCGGCCGUUCCUACCUCCUACGUCACCGCUCCCAGGCCAACUUUCCCACUUACCUCUCCAGUCAAGAGACAGAGCUUCAUAUGCAAGAGCAAACGCGCAUUUUGAGCAGCCUGAGAAGCCCCAGACGAAAUUCUUCGCCCUCAGCCCUGCUGACUGAAUUUAUCAGUGUGCAUAAUGCUUGUACUUGUUCCUGGAUGGGCUGUUCUGCCUCUUGACUCUUUAUAAGUUUGGGAUUUAAUUUUGAAAAACCAAAGAGCACUACAGAACAAUUUAAAUAAAAGCACAUGUCUUCCACUGACA